UUCAGUCUCAGUUUGUCUGAGGACACGUGAGCAGCUGCUGUUUUUCAGAGCGGCAGUCAAAAUGAAGGUAGCCGCCUUCAAUGCCAAGAACCUGGGAGUGAAAAAAGUCACAGACAAGACCAUCAGCCGCUACCUCACCAAGAUCAUCUCUCAGUACAGUGUGAUAGUGAUCCUGGAGGUGGUGGAUAAGAGCGGUGAAGCCAUGAAGACGUUAAAACAAGAACUCAACAAAACCAGCUGUAACAGACAACGUCCCUACUCCAUGGUCGCCAGCGUCCAGCUGGGACGAGACACCUACAAGGAGCAGUUUGUGUGUUUCUACAGACAGGACGAGGUGACACUGACGGACUUUCACCAGUAUGAAGAUAAUCAAGUUGGAGAUGAAGACGCCUUCGCCCGAGAGCCCUUCAUCCUGCGCUUCAGCUGUCCAGCUACAGAUGUGGAGGACCUGGUCCUGAUCCCAGUCCACACCAAACCAGAGGAUUCGUUGAAGGAGCUGGACGAGCUGUAUGACGUGGUCGAUGCCGUCAGGAAGAAGUGGGGAACUGAUAACAUUAUGAUUCUUGGGGACUUUAAUGCAGAUGGACGUUAUCUCUCCAAGAAGAAGAAGGAACAGAUCCGCAUCCUCUCGGCUCCCUACCAUUGGCUGAUAGACGAUGAUGUCGACACCACGACGAGCAACAGCAACGACAACACCUACGACAGGAUCGUGGUGUACGGAGACGCCAUGCUGGAAGCCGUCGUCCCCCGCUCUGCAAAGUCUUUCAACUUCCAGAGAAAGUUCAAACUGACUGAUAAAGAAACUCUCAGUAUCAGUGACCACUACCCUGUGGAGGUGGAGCUGAAGAGCAGCCAGAAACACAAAGCACCACGACAGCGGACGAUGGCUGUGUCCCACAACACAAAGACGACGUCCAUUAAAGGACAAACCCAGAGGAAAGGACCACAGAAGAAGAAGGUUCAGUCGGCAACACCACAGAAGAAGAAGGUUCAGUCGGCAACACCACAGAAGAAGAGGGUUCAGUCGGUAACACCACAGAAGAAGAAGGUUCAGUCGGCAACACCACAGAAGAAGAGGGUUCAGUCGGUAACACCACAGACGAAGAAGGUUCAGCCAGCAGCACCACAGAAGAAGAAGGUUCAGUCGGUAACACCACAGAAGAAGAAGACUCAGCCAGCAGCACCACAGAAGAAGACUAUGGCUGUAAAAAGAAAGAGAGAACAGUCUUCAGUCACACCGACCAAGAGAAGACGUUUGGAUCAAUGAAACAGACUCAGGAUGUUGCUCAUAUUUCUUAAUUAGUGUAAUUAGGGUUAAAAUGAUUUUACUUCUUAAAGCUUCUGCACAUGAUGUUCUUCUUUACUGACGACGCGUCACUGACCUGUGACUGAACAACUUGAAUCAGCCUUCACACAGGUUGAUUUAAGAUUGACACUGCUGUUCGUUGUUUUACAGCAGAAGGCUUGUAUCAGCUGUGAUGAUUAAAGCAGAUUUUUAUUCUAAAACACUGGAAAAGAAAAAAGCGUGUUGUC